AUGCAGAGCGGCCCCAUACAGCCUGUCCCGAAGGCCCCUGUGGAGCCGAAGCAAAGGCCUGUGCUGUUCGAGGUGUUUGGGGAGAUCUGGAGCGUGCAGGCGCGGCUGGGCCAGGGAGGUUCUGCGUCUGUGUUCCAGGUCAGCUCUGGCAGAGGCAGCAGCACCGCGGCCGUCAAAGAGUUCCAGGCCCAGCCCCGCGGAGGAGACUACGCCUUCCACAAGGAGAGGCGUGUGCUGGAGGACAUCCAGGGGCACAAGAACAUAGUGACGCUGUACGGAGUGUUCACGCAGCACAGCGCUCUGGGACCUGCCACUCGCUGUUUGCUGCUGGAGCUGCUGGACGUCAGUGUGUCCUCUCUGCUGCUGCGGACCACGGCCACAAACAGCCUCAGGCUGCAGCAGGGCCACUCCCUGUGGCUGGUGCAGCACUGCGCUCGGGACGUGCUGGAGGCGCUGUCGUCUCUGCACAGAGAGGGUUACGUCCACGCUGACCUCAAACCACGAAACGUCCUGUGGAGCGCGGACGACCAGUGCUUCAAACUCAUAGACUUUGGCUUGAGCUUCAAGGAGGGAAACCAGGAUGUGAAGUACAUCCAGACGGACGGGUACCGUGCCCCGGAGGCCGAGCUGCAGAACAGCCUGGCUCUGGCUGGAGUGGAGCUGGACAGUCACUGCACGGCGGCGGUGGAUCUGUGGAGCCUCGCCAUCAUCCUGCUGGAGCUCUACUCUGGGAACAGACUCAAGGACACUGUGCACUCUCCGCAGUGGCAGGAGGACAGUGGAGCAGUGAUCGACCAAAUGUUCAGCAGUAAAACUGAGACUCACACCGCGAUCCCAGUGUCGCACCUGAGAGACCUCAUCAAGAGCAUGUUGGUGAAGAGUCCUCAGCAGAGAUGCAGCGCAGACAAAGCUCUGCUCAGCCCCUUCUUCAGUGUCCCCUUUGCCCCACACAUAGAGGAGCUGAUGUUGCUGCCGUCUCCCGUCCUGCGGCUCCUGAAUCUGAUCGAGGACAAACACCUGCACAACGAGGAGGAGUACGAAGACAUCCUGGAGGACAUGAAGGAGGAGUGUCAGAAGUACGGCUCUGUGGUGUCACUGCUCAUCCCCAAAGAGAACCCAGGAAAAGGACAGGUGUUUGUGGAGUACUCCAGCUCCAGCGACGCCAAAGAAGCCCAGAAACUGCUGACGGGACGUACCUUCGACGGGAGGUUUGUGGUGGCCACGUUCUACCCCCUGAGGGCCUAUCGCAGAGGGUACCUCUACCAGACCCUGCAGUGA